CUCCUCCUCCUUCUGCGGAGCAGCCUCCUCGCCGCGCUCCAGCCGCCCGGAGGUGCCUGCCCAGCCCGGCCCCCCCCCGGCCCCGCUGCGCCGGGCUGGCGGAGGGAGGCAGCGGGCAGCCCCGCAGCCCUCCGGGGGGCUCGGAGGGGGCUCGGCUCUCCCGACUGGCCCCCAACCUUGGCAGAAUGUUGCACCGCUCUCGGACCCAGCUGGGGCUCUUCUUCAUCCUCCUCUGCCCCGCCAACAUCAUCGGGCUCUGGUGGGCAGUGGGGAGCCCCCUGGUCAUGGACCCCAACAGCAUCUGCCGCAAGACGAAGCGGCUGGCAGGGAAGCAGGCGGAGCUGUGCCAGCUGGAGCCAGAGAUCGUGCAAGAGGUGGCCAAGGGCACCAAGCUGGGCGUGCGGGAGUGCCAGUACCAAUUCCGCUUCCGCCGCUGGAACUGCACCAGCCACAGCAAGUACUUCGGCAAGAUCCUGCAGCAGGACAUCCGGGAGACAGCCUUCGUGUAUGCCAUCACAGCGGCCGGUGUCAGCCACGCCAUCACACAGGCCUGCAGCAUGGGCGAGCUGCUGCAAUGUGGCUGUGAGCUGACACGGAGUCGGGCACCCCCAUCACCCACAGCUGGGCCGGGCACCGAGGGCACAGCCUGGGAAUGGGGGGGCUGUGGGGAUGACGUGCAGUUUGGCUAUGAGAAGUCGCAGCAGUUCAUGGACGCCAAGAGCAAGAAGGGGAAAAAUGACAUCCGUGCACUCAUUGAUCUGCACAACAACGAGGCUGGGCGCUUGGCAGUGCGCAGCUACAUGAGGACAGAGUGCAAAUGCCACGGGCUCUCGGGCUCCUGCACGCUGCGCACCUGCUGGCGCAAGAUGCCCCAUUUCCGCGAGGUGGGCGACCGCCUGCUCGAGCGCUUCAACGGCGCCUUCAAGGUGAUGGGGGGCAAUGAUGGGAAGACCCUCAUCCCGGUGGGCGACAACAUCAAACCUCCCGAUAAGCAGGACCUCAUCUACUCGGCCGACUCGCCCGAUUUCUGCUCUGCCAACCGGAAGACGGGCUCGCUGGGCACGAGGGGCCGCGUCUGCAACAGCACGGCCAUGGACACGAGCGGCUGCGACCUGCUGUGCUGCGGGCGUGGGCACCGCGAUGAGACCGUGGUGCUGGAGGAGAACUGCCUGUGCCGCUUCCACUGGUGCUGCGUGGUGCAGUGCCGCAAGUGCUCCGUCCGCCAGGAGCUCAGCCUCUGCAUCUGACGGCCUCUCCGUGGGGCGGGGACACUUGGGGAGCCGCCCCCAGGAUGGUGCCGAGGGCACAGGGACACAGAGAGGUGACGCAGUGGGACCUUAUGGGAUGGAGGACUGUGAGCCCAGCUCUGCGGUUGGAUGUCCCUGCAGCGUGGGGACGCUACCCAGCAUCCCCACGGCCCUGCAGUGGGGCUGCAGUUCGGAGCUUCGUCUAAUAAAGCUAUUUAAAGCCGGUGUGCCCUCUGCUCGCCUCUCCGCAGCAGGCACUGCCACCCGCCCCAACACGGUGGUGAUGGGCUUUGUGCAUGUUGCCGGCAUCCCCUGUUUUUCUCACUCUGUCUCCAGUCACCUCUGCUGCAGGGCCUGGCAUGGCAGAGCCCCAUGCAGUGCCGCUGGCACCUGGGGUUGGUGGCAUGCGAGGCAUUUGCUUGGCAUGCCAUUGGCCACGUGCAGCCUCAUCUGGGCGGCACAGUGCCAGGCGGGGAACCUGAGCAGCCCAUACCCUGCUGGGCAAACGCGGGGCGAGGAGUAGCAGCAAUGCCCAUCAGCAGAUCCUGGCGGCACGCUCCUUGUCUGCCCCAUCCAUCAAGCAGAAAUCAGGGUGCCGACGAACCAUUAAAUUGGCCCAGGGAGCGCUGGGGCGGGAGCAUCUACAUGUCAACUGCAGCUUUAGAGUUGGAAAUUCCCUCCUGGCUCCAGGAGAGGGGCGGCACACGGGGCUCCCGGGAACUCCCGGCCGCACGCACGGCCCUGGAGCACAUGGGUGUGUGUGCCAAGAUGCGUGUGUGAGCAGGCAGCUGCAGUGUGCACGCUCAGGUUGCACGCCCACACAUGGUCAUGCCUGCACGUGGGCAUCCGAUUCCAUGCAUUCACCCUUUGCUCUGUGUGUGAGAAUCUUGUGUGUGUGCGAAAGGUUCUCCCACGUGGCUCCAUGCAUGUCCGUCAGUGCAUGGCAAAUUGUCAGCAUGCAUUUGUCGGUGACCCCAUGUGUUUGCUUGCAUGUAUCUUAGCUCUGUGUCACCACUGUUCUCCCUCUACACUGUCCCAGUUGCUCUGAAUCUGACUCGCUGGGAGAUGUCAGAGUGCAGAGGCUGUGCUGGGGCUGGGAGCACUGUUCCUUGGCUCCAUCCCAGUCUUCCACAAUCUGCUUCCUUGGGGGCUGCCUCAGUUUCCCCACAGUGGGCUGAACAUGCAUGGCACCGGAAGACUGGAUGCCACCUAAAGCCUGGGGAAGGCAGGAAAUUGUUGUAUGGGGUCUGACCUGUGUCCUUCCUGCCAUUUCCCCAGAGGCUGAAAACCCCAAAAUCCAGAAGAAGAGGAACCUGGAAAACAGAGAUCCCAGCGUCCUGGGAAACCUCAUUUCCCUAGCAGCCCCCAGACGCCUAGCAGUGCCCCGGGGCUCUUUAGAUCCUCUCCUCUCCAGACCCUCCUUAGAGACCCCCAAUAGCCCCCAUAGCCCCCGCAGCAUCCCUGCCGUAGCCGUGGCAACGCGGGAUGCGCGGUGCGGGACGGGGCGCGUUGCAGGGCGCCGGACAGCCGCUAGGGGGAGCCACGGCAAGGCGGGGGGGGGGGCUGGGGUGCGUGGGGACUUAUGAGGGUGGGCACGGGCUGGUUGUGUAUGGAGGGACAUGGUGAGGUGUGGGGGGGAAUGAUCCCAGAUCUUGGUGCUGGGCAGUGUAACUACAAAGCUUCCCAAGGGAAAAAGGGAAGUUGAUAGUAUUUUGGUUAAAAAUAAUAACAACAAUGCCCAAAUGCUGUA